AUGAACCAUUUAUUUACUCCAUCUUUGGAUGUUGAUUUCUUAUUUAAAAUUGCUGAUUUUGAUGGAGAUGGUAAAAUAGGUAUGGAUGAUGCUCAACAAUUCUUCCAAUACACUCACCUCCCUCAAAACACAUUGGCUAUCAUUUGGACAUUAUCUGUUCCACCAAAAAAACCAAUGGAAAUACCUCAAUUUGUGACUGCAUUGAAAUAUGUUUCAUUUGCACAAAAGGGAAUUCAGGUUGAUAAGACUUUAUUAACAAACUCAACUCCACCCUAUCCAUCACCAAAUAUUCAAUGUCCAUUUCUCCUUAACUCAUCAAAAAUUAAUCAAACACUUCAAUCUUUUAAUCAAUUUGUAACUCCAGAUAAUCCAAAAGUAUCAAAAAAUCAGUUAUUUGAAAUUGUUAUUCAACUCAAUGGUGUCAUUAAUAUUGAUGAACUUAUGAAACUUUCUGAUAUAGAUCGAGACUCACAACUUAAUAUUAUUGAAUUUUUCAUUGCUAUGGCUUGUUUAAAUCAUUAUAUUCUAUUUAAAAAAUUACCAAUUAAAAUUCCCGUUUAUUUCAUCAGUUUUCUUAAAAAAAAAUUUGGUGCAACAGAAAAUGAUAUAUUUAAAUCUUCACAUCCUUUACCUUCUCGUCCAAAGUCUUUAUCUCGUAGUGUCCCAACUCUUUAUUUAGAAAGGAAGCAAUCUCCAAUAAUUGAAAUCUCUUCACCUAAAUCAAUACAAAAAACUACUCCUAAUGAUAAAAUAAAACAACAACAAUACAUGUUACAUCCAAUUCCAAGUACAGGAACAAUGUCUUAUGACAAUUUAAUCACUCCAGAAUUACGUCAUCGUGGUUCAUUACCAAUAAAAGUUCAAUCAAUAGCUUUACCUAUUACUUCAACAACAAUUUCUUCUCAAACAAAAUCAUUAAAAAAGAAGAAACUUUCUUCUUCAAAUAGUGAGGUAUUUACAAGUGAUACUAUUCAAGAAACUGUAAAACCAUCUAGUUCAAAUCGUUAUUCAAUGGCAUUUCUAAAAUCUCCAAUCACUUCUCCUCAAAAUCUUCAGAGAAAAUCCUUUCAAUACUCAGUAUCACCUUCAUUGUCUCCACAUAACAAUGAACCAUUAUUAAAGUCAGAUCUUAUUUAUCAAUCAUGUUCUGUGUCUCCAUACUUAUCAGAUGAAGAAUUAACUCCUUAUCAAAAAAGUAGAAGACAUUCAAUAUUAAAUAUUGAUGACAACACAUCUUUUCCUUCUUUUUCAUUUUCAUAUGAUUCAAGUCUUUCUAUUGAUUCAACACUUCAGUCUUUUGAUAUAAAAAUGAAACCUCAUAGACUUUUAGACUUAGACAGUAUCAUAUCAUCUCUUUCUACACAAAAAGCAGAAUUACUUGCUGAAAUUACAGAACUUCAACAAGAAAUUGAUAAACUAACAACUGUACUUGAAAGUACUGAAGUGUUAGUUCAAGAGAAUUCUUCACAACCAACUGAAGAAUUAGAAGGUUAUUAA